AUGGCAAGAUGUGGAAGAAUUCCCUAUGCCAUCACCAUUACCUAUUAUCUUAGGAAGACCCUUUAUGAGAACUGCCGAUACUACAAUAGGGGUGAAAAAGGGUAUGGUGAGUAUGAAGGUAAAUGUGAGACAGUUUUGCAGGACCAUCAUAAAGAUCCAUUGGAAGCUACCCUUUCCCAGAGUCUCACAAGGCAGGAUAUUGAGUCAGAACUGGAAGAGAUCACCAAUGAUGUUAUGGAAACAGUGCAUCACCUUGAGGCCUCUCCUAAAUACUCAGCCUACAGAAGGAUGCUAUUUGGUUUAUGUAAUGCCCCUGCUACAUUCCAUAGAUGCAUGAUGAGUAUCUUUUCAGAUAUGGUAGAGAAAACCAUUGAGGUCUUUAUGGAUGACUUGAGUGUUUUUGGGUGUAGUUUUGAUGAAUGUCUACACCAUUUGAAAAACGUUCUAAAGCGGUGUGAAGAAUGCAACCUAGUGCUCAAUUGGAAAAAAUGCCACUUCAUGGUUCAACAAGGCAUUGUAUUGGGAUUCUAUAGAAGGUUUAUCAAGGAUUUCUCCAAGAUCUCUAGACCCCUCUGUGCAUUGCUUGGGAAGGAAGCCAAGUUUGACUGGACCAAAGAAUGCAUGACGGCCUUCAACACACUAAAAAUGCUGCUCACUUCUGCACCAAUUAUGCGAGCACCUGAUUGGAGCUUACCCUUUGAGCUCAUGUGUAAUGCCAGUGACUUUGCCGUGGGAGCCGUUUUGGGUCAAAGGAUCAAUAAGGUACCUCAUGCCAUUUAUUAUGCCUCUAGAAAAUUAAAUGAUGCACAACUUAAUUAUUCUACUACUGAGAAAGAAUUAUUAACUGUUAUAUUUGCUUUGGAGAAGUUCAGGUCAUACCUAAUUGGUUCUAAGAUUAUUGUAUUCACUGAUCAUGCUGCGUUGAGAUAUUUGUUUACCAAGAAAGACGCCAAACCAAGACUGAUCAGGUGGGUAUUACUACUACAAGAAUUUGACCUUGAGAUUAGAGAUAAGAAGGGCAGUGAAAAUGUGGUGGCAGAUCACUUAUCCAGAUUACUCCAUGAGGAGGAAGGAGAUGAGCUCCCACUAAAUGAAAAUUUCCCAGAUGAGCAGUUGUUCGUAGUUGAUAUCCAACUCCCAUGGUAUGCAGAUAUAGUGAAUUACAUCACUGCCAAGGUCUUUCCCCCAGAUAUGUCUAGCCAAGAAAGGAAGAGAUUGAUAUCAGAGCUCUUCGAUGUGUGGGGUAUUGACUUCAUGGGACCAUUCCCUCAUUCAUUUGGCUAUUCAUAUAUUCUUGUGGGAGUGGAUUAUGUGUCUAAAUGGGUCGAGGUUGUCCCCUCAAGGACUAAUGAUCACAAAGUGGUUGUGAAGUUUUUGCAGGAAAACAUUUUUGCUAGAUUUGGAACACCCAGGGCAAUCAUUAAUGACGGGGGAAGUCACUUUAACAACUAUGCUUUUACUUCUGUGAUGAAGAAAUAUGGCAUCACUCAUAAGGUUGGCACUCCAUAUCAUCCUCAAACCAGUGGCCAAGUAGAGAUCAGCAACAGAGAAAUCAAAGGCAUCCUUGAAAGGACAGUCAACCCCAAUAGGAAGGAUUGGUCACUACGCUUGAAUGAUGCACUAUGGGCUUACAGGACUGCUUACAAGACACCUAUCGGUAUGUCUCCAUAUCGAUUGGUCUUUGGGAAAGCAUGCCAUCUACCAGUGGAAUUGGAACACAAAGCAUAUUGGGCCAUCAAGAAGUUUAACUUCGAUAUGAAGCAAGCUAGCGACACAAGGAAGCUCCAACUAAAUGAAUUUGAGGAAUUAAGGCGUGAUGCAUAUGAGAAUGCCAAACUCUACAAGGACAGAACCAAAGCAUACCAUGACAAACAACUGAUCAGGAAGGAGUUUCAAGUAGGACAGAAGGUUUUGAUCUAUAAUUCAAGAUUGAAACUCUUCCCUGGAAAGCUUAAAUCAAGAUGGUCUGGGCCCUACAUUGUUACCCCAGUAUUCCCUCAUGGAGCCUUGGAAAUUCACGACCCUCAAACCGACCAAUCAUUCAAGGUCAAUGGACACAGAGUCAAGCCAUAUCUUGAAGGGCAAGUGUGCUUCAAUUCAAGUUUGGGGUGUGCUACGAGCCAUGCUUUCCACGACUAUGUCCACCAUCUCCUGGGUACAUUCUUUCCUUAA